CUAACCCAACCCCCCUCUUCAAAAACCAACAUUUUCUUCCCUCAAACACACACACACCCCACCACCAUAUUCACACCAUGGAACCACCAUGCACCGACGACCUCGCCGACGACCUCCAAAGCAUCAGCUUCAACUCCACCACCACAACCGCCACCGAUAUCAACCGCAGCACCAGUUCCAGCUCUGAAACCACCUGGACAACCGCCACCCACACCUCCAUUCCUGAACCCAUUACUAACUUAUCAUAUUCGGAUAUCCGUUUCAUUAACCGGCUCGGCGCCGGUGAUAUUGGUUCGGUGUACCUGUCCGAGAUUAAGCGGUCUUCUCCUUCAACAUCUCCGGUGGUUUUUGCUGCUAAGGUUAUGGAUAAGAGAGAGCUCGCUAGCCGGAACAAACAAGGUAGAGAGAAGACAGAAAAGGAGAUUCUACAGAUGUUGGAUCACCCGUUUCUACCGACGCUUUACGCGUCCGUAGAGUCGCCCAAAUGGUCGUGUUUAUUGACGGAGUUUUGUCCCGGUGGUGAUCUUCAUGUUCUCCGGCAACGGCAGCCGGGUAAACGCUUCCCGGAAUCGACCGUGAGGUUUUACGCAUCAGAAGUGGUAGUCGCCCUGGAGUACCUCCACAUGCUAGACAUCAUCUACCGUGAUCUCAAACCCGAAAACGUUCUAGUCCGAUCCGACGGUCACAUCAUGCUAACCGAUUUCGACCUCUCCUUAAAAUCCAACAUCACCGCGGCCACACCCGCUCAAAUCUUCACCGACGACAACCCACCACUGCGGCCCAACCAUUACCCGUUCGACCCACCAAAAUUAGCAUCAUCAUCAUCAUGCAUAAUCCCCAACUGCAUUGUCCCAUCAGUCUCAUGUUUCAACCCGAAACGCAAAAAGAAGAAGAAAUCCGGGUCCCACCACGGCCCACAGUUUGUUGCGGAGCCCGUGGACGUACGCUCAAUGUCGUUUGUGGGGACACACGAGUAUCUAGCACCCGAGAUUGUGUCGGGUGAUGGGCAUGGUAAUGCGGUGGAUUGGUGGACAUUGGGGAUUUUUAUUUUUGAGUUGUUUUAUGGUGUGACACCCUUUAGGGGGGUGGAUAAUGAGCUCACUUUGGCUAAUGUUGUGGCUCGGGCGCUAGAGUUUCCGAAAGAGCCCGUGGUUCCUGCGGCUGCGAAGGAUUUGAUAUCUCAGUUGUUGGUGAAGGAUCCAGUGAGGCGGUUGGGGUCAACGAUGGGAGCAUCCGCGAUAAAACAACAUUCGUUUUUCGAUGGGGUGAAUUGGGCUUUGUUGAGAUGUAUGACACCGCCGUUUGUGCCACCGCCGUUUAACAUCCGGGAUGUUGUGUCGGAUGAUGUUUGUUUUGAUGAUACUCCGGUGGAGUACUAUUAGGGGGGAUACUGGUGUGGGAUUAUAUUUGGCUGAGUACUUAAAAAGAAUGUCUAACUCAUUUUCACCUUUUUAAUGUUUUUGGUCACAUAUAUUUAUUUUUGUAUCAUAAGUAAUGUUUUGAGAGGUGAAAGAUAAACUCAUGAAUAAAAGGAAUAUCUAGUCAAAUGUUCUUA